AAAACCAGUGGGAGGAAAUAGAUGCCACAUCAAUUGGUGUCAGUGGGAGGAACUAUAUGCUCACGUCGAUCGAAUGAUUGGGAGGCAUGGGAGAAUAUUGUCCCCCUUGGAUUCAUUGGAGUGUCAUGGGGGAGGAAUAGUGUCCAUCAUUGGUGUCAGUGGGAGGAAUAGUCCCCAUCAAUUGGUGUCAGAUGGGAGGAACAUAGUGUCCCUAUCAUUGGUGUCAGUGGGAGGAAUAGUGUCCUCCCAUCAUUGGGGCUUGAUUGUAUACACCUGUGUCCAUGGAGGGGAUUGGAACACCUGAAUCACAUGAUAUGGAGGGGAUUGGAACACCUGAAUCACAUGAUUGGGAGGGGAUUGGGACACCUGAAUCACAUGAUAUGGAGGGGAUUGGAACACACAGAAUCACAUGAUAUGGAGGGGAUUGGAACACCUGAAUCACAUGAUAUGGAGGGGA